AUGAAUCGAAGUAUCUCUUUUAAAGUUGUUUUACUUGGCGAGGGUAGUGUUGGCAAGACAUCGAUUGUCCUACGGUACACAGAUAAUUUAUUUAAUGAUAAACAUAUCGAAACACAACAAGCGUCUUUUAAAACUAAAAAAUUGAAUUUAGAUGGGCGUCGUGUUGAAUUAUCCAUUUGGGAUACUGCAGGGCAAGAGCGAUUUCGAGCACUAGGUCCAUUAUACUAUCGUGAAGCUAAUGGUGCCAUAUUAGUUUUUGAUAUUACUGAUGACGAUUCAUUCAAUCAAGUUAAAAGUUGGGUUAAAGAAUUAAAACGAAUGUUAGGCGAUGAUGUUGCUUUAUGUAUUGUUGAAAACAAAAUUGAUCUUGAAAAAGAUCGUCAGGUAUCAAGACAAACAGCUGAAGAAUAUGCAAAAUCAGUCAAUGCUAAACUUUAUCAUACAUCAGCUAAAUUAAACAAAGGAAUUGAAGAACUUUUUAAUGAUUUAGCGAAUCGUAUGCUGGAAAAAGUCGGAUCAACUUCAACUACUUUCAAUACAAGUGGAAUUCUUCGACAAACUGGUAUUCCUAUUCAACCAACAUCGACGAAGGAACAGACUCAUGGAACGACAGGUCGAACGUGUUGUUAA